AUGAAGCUAAGAAUGAAGGGCGUUAGUGGUGUAGAACUUCCAUUGUCGUGGUCCAAGAAAGCUUCUGCAUGGGAAUCUCUUGUGAAGCUGAAGCCAAAAGCUGGGACGCUUCUCUUCCCGUCUCCGGUUCGCCGUCCUCUCCGAAGGCAGUUUCUCUUGUCAAGAAGAUGUAACUCUUCUCAUCGCCGAGGGCUUACUACCCUUGCCCAAGGUGUGAAAGAUAAUUCCAAAGCAAUUGAGGAACAAUAUGAUGUCAUAGUAGUAGGAGGAGGGCAUGCAGGCUGUGAAGCUGCACUUGCAGCUGCUCGUCUUGGUGCCCGGACUCUUCUUCUCACCCUCAACAUUGAUCGCAUUGCAUGGCAGCCCUGCAAUCCAGCAGUUGGUGGUCCUGCAAAAUCUCAAUUGGUGCAUGAAGUGGAUGCACUUGGUGGUGAAAUAGGGAAAAUUGCUGAUAGGUGCUACUUGCAAAAACGUGUUCUCAACCGUUCAAAAGGUCCUGCUGUUCGAGCAUUGCGUGCUCAGACUGAUAAGAGGGAGUAUGCCUUGGAAAUGAAAAAGGUUGUUGAAAGCACCACAAACCUUUUUAUCAGAGAAGCUAUGGUGACUAAUAUCUUGGUAGGCAAGAAUGAUACUGUGGAAGGAGUGUCCACCUUCUUUGGCAUGAACUUCUAUGCUCCUUCAGUGGUGCUCACAACAGGCACUUUUAUGAGCGGUAAGAUCUGGGUUGGUAGAACAUCAAUGCCUGCAGGACGAGCUGGGGAGUCAGCUUCUCAUGGGCUAACUGAGAGCUUGCAACAGCUUGGCUUUGAGACUGACCGGUUGAAGACUGGAACCCCUGCACGUGUCGACUACCGUAGUGUUAACUUCUUUGGUUUGGAACCUCAGCAUGGAGAUGAAGAGGUUAAUUGGUUUAGCUUCGAUCCUGAUUACCAUGUAGAGCGAGAGCAAAUGUGCUGUUAUUUGACACGCACCACAAAAGACACCCAUCAACUUAUCAAAGACAACUUACAUGAGACACCCACAUAUGGUGGUUGGGUAGAAGCAAAAGGCCCAAGAUACUGUCCAUCUAUUGAAGAUAAGAUUGUACGAUUCCAAGAUAAGGAUUCCCAUCAAAUUUUUCUAGAACCUGAAGGCCGUACUGUUCCCGAUCUCUAUGUGCAGGGAUUUUCUACUGGUUUACCUGAGAGGCUGCAAUUGACACUUUUAAGAACAUUACCUGGACUUGAAAACUGUUUGAUGCUAAGGCCUGCAUAUGCUGUGGAAUACGACUACUUGCCUGCCCAUCAGUGCUCUAGAUCUCUAAUGACGAAGAAGAUUGAAGGUUUGUUUUUCUCAGGUCAGAUCAACGGAACAACAGGUUAUGAAGAAGCUGCAGCUCAGGGUCUUAUUUCUGGGAUUAAUGCUGCUAGACAUUCAGAUGGAAAAUCUAUUAUCAUUCUUGAGAGAGAAAGCAGCUAUAUUGGCACUUUGAUUGAUGAUCUUGUAACAAAAGAUUUACGAGAGCCUUAUCGCAUGUUAACGAGCCGUUCAGAGCAUCGAUUACUUCUCCGUGCUGACAAUGCAGACAGCCGGCUAACUCCUUUGGGGUGGGAUAUUGGUUUAAUAGAUGAAAGACGCUGGAACUUAUACCAAUUAAAGCAAGCUCGAAUAUUGGAGGAGAAAGAACGUCUGAAGUCUGUACGUAUUUCAGGGGGUGAUUUUGCUGCUGAAGUUAGUCAUUUAUCUGGGCAACCAGUUAAAGAUUCAUCUUCAUUGGAAAGCAUUCUAAAAAAACCACAUGUAGAAUACAAGGUCCUUGACAAGCAUGGCUACGGUAAUGAGCUUUUAUCCAGGAUUGAGAAAGAAUGCGUUGAGAUUGAUAUAAAGUAUGCGGGCUUCAUUGCACGCCAAAGGAGCCAGCUGCAACAGAUUGUUAAUCAACAACAUAAAAGACUUCCAGAGGACUUGGAUUACUAUUCGAUGACAACUUUAUCUUUGGAAGCACGUGAGAAGCUAUCAAAGGUCAGGCCACAAACGAUUGGUCAAGCAAGUAGAGUUGGUGGUGUGAGCCCCGCUGACAUGACAGCUCUCCUCAUUUGCCUAGAAGCUAAACGCAGGAUGGCCAGUGAAAUGAAAAGGCAUGGUUUAGUCAGAUCAGCUGCAGAUGAUCUUGAUGAAACUGAAUCUUGUUUAGCUACUGCAAGACGUGCUGCCGGUGCCUAAUAUGAAACAGGAGAUGCAAUUGUUCCAUGCACCGUUCUAACUGUGAUUCUGUUUACAGAGAAGAUGCGAGUAAACUUCUACUGAGAUUUUUUUUGAAAUUGGCAGGUCUAUUUUAAGUCUGAGUUGGCGCAUCAUGCAGUUUUCAGACAAUGUGGCUGAUGCUUGGUAUUGGGGUUCCAAGCGCAUAUGCCAGUUUGAUUCGAAGACAGAACAAAGAGCCAGAAUAUGAGGUUGCUCAGAAUGUGGUUCCCAAGUCAUGCUAAGUAAUGCGAUUAGCUCUUCAGGAAACUGUCUAAAGGCGCAAAGAACGGGGCUUGCAUGCUUAAUUUUGUCUUAAUGAAAAUUUGUGUAAUUUAAUUAAGCCUCUGGAAGGAACAAGCCCUGCCCUUUUUUGAAGUCACUGUUCUUUAUCUGCCAAAUAUGUCGGGACUGCUCAUGUUUCUAUUAGUGUUCCAUCGCCUCACAUAACAUUAUUGGAAUCCUUUUGUUCAAGUUUUGAAGUAGGUUUUUUU